UAGAAAAACAGGCUCCAGCUCAUUUAGACGCAGUCGUUCGAAACCUUGACAACAUGCUGGGAAAAAUUGUGUUUUUGAUCGCCGCCAGUGGAGUGUUGAGUUCUGGGCUGAAAGUAGACGUUGAUGAUUUGCUAGCUUUGUAUGAGCGCAUUGACAGUUCGGUCAAACUCACUCAGCAUGAAGCCGCGAUUGAGAUUCGCGCUCUGACUAUUCCUAUGGAGUCUUUUCUUGACGAUGCUGUUAAAUACGUGAUGGGAAACUUGACUGUGGCAGCCGAGCCCUACUGGACAACAAUUGCGUCCAUGGAAGCAGACGCUGAAGCAAAAGGUGAAGAUAUUUCCGCUUGCGUCAACGGAGGAAACGAAGAACUGUACACACUAAACGAAACAAUAGUAAACGCUCCAUUGGAGAAAAUCGCAGCCUACAGAACAGAGGGAAACGACAUGAUCUAUGCAAGUGCCAACUUGGCCUACAGUGCAAUCGAAGAGCUUCUGGAGCUGGAAGUCCAAGUCAAAGCUUGUUCUGAUCCGGAAUGUGCGGAAGAGCUGUACAACGCUCUGAUUGAGUUCCAUGGCAGGGCUUCCGAAACUCUGGAAGCCUCAGUUGACAAUCCAACCACUUACUUGAACGAACUGCCUGAGAAACUCGCUCUUGUGAACAUCGAUGCCGAUGAUUACAAGGAGAAAUUCACCGCUAUUAUCGAUGCUGUGGUGAUUUGUACUAUUCUGUGAGCAAUAAAUGUGUAAUUGAUCAAAA